AACUCACUUCCUUCAAUAAACAGACUGCAGACUUCAACAGUGGUCCGAUUCUACUCCAGUAGCCCUAAUUUGGAUUGUCUCACAAACUUUCAGGCUAACUGAUGAGUAAGGUGUUAUUUCUCCUCUUUUUUCUCUUCCUUUGUGCAGAAACAGGUGGCUUCAGGAAUGAUGCUGGAAACAGACUUAAAAAUAAUGAACCUACAAAAGUACAGCAUAUUCAACGGGAAGAGGUAAAAUCAGAAAAUGAAAGAACUUGGGAAAAGGUCCUUGUACCUAAAGACAAGAGAGAUCAUAAGAGCGAUGGACCACUUGAAAAUAACAACAUGGAUUCAAUGGACAACAAUGUGAUUGUAAGGAAGCCAUGGAGCAGAAACAUCCUUAGCAAUGAAUAUGAGGAUUUAUCAACAUUCACCUCAACAUUAAGCAUCCCUACAAAACCUACUACUGCCAAGAAUACUAGGAGCCCUUCCACUAUAAAUGUUAUUACUUCCAAGAGUAGCAGCAGCCCUUCCACUACAAGUGCUAUUAUUGCUGAGAGUAGCAGCAGCCCUUCCACUACCAAAACUACUAUGGCCAAGAGUACCAGCAGCCCUUCCACUACAAGUGCUAUUCCUUCCAAGAAUACCAGCAGCCCUUCCACUACAAAUGUUAUUACUUCCAAGAGUACCAGCAGUCCUUCCACUACAAAUGUUAUUACUUCCAAGAGUACCAGCAGCCCUUCCANGGGCCUGUAG